CCCGGCGCUGCGAGGCCGGCUCCCAGUUCCUGUGCGUGCCCUUAACCUUGCGGGGCUGCCACUGGUGCCUCCUGGCGCGGCCGGGACCUGCGGAGCGCGCGUGGCCCGGAGGGGAUCAUGUCUCUGGUGGCGGAAGCGUUUGUGACUCAAAUAGCAGCUGCAGAACCUUGGCCUGAAAAUGCUGCAUUGUAUCAGCAACUGAAGGAGGAGCAAAUUUUGCUUUCUGACAAUGCAUCUUCUCUUGCUGUUCAGGUCUUUAACACUUCGGGGUUCUUCCAACUCUCAUGUUCUGGCCUUUUUGCAAAUGUGCAAUCUGCCAGUCCAGGUGGUUUGUAGAGCAAAUGCAGAAUAUAUGUCCCCAUCUGGCAAAGUACCCUUUAUUCGUGUAGGAAAUCAAGUAGUAUCUGAACUUGGCCCCAUAGUCCAGUUUGUAAAAGCCAAGGGCCAUUCACUCAGUGAUGGGUUGGAUGAAGUCCAAAAAGCUGAGAUGAAAGCCUACAUGGAAUUAGUCAAUAAUAUGCUAUUGACAGCAGAGUUGUAUCUUCAGUGGUGUGAUGAUACUACAGUACAGGAGAUUACUCAUCCAAGGUAUGGAUCCCCUUAUCCUUGGCCUCUCAAUCGCAUUUUGGCCUAUCAGAAACAAUGGGAGAUCAGACGUAAGAUGAAAGCUAUUGGAUGGGCUGGCAAGUCACUUGAACAGGUGUUGGAAGAUGUAGAUCAGUGUUGUCAAGCUCUCUCUCAAAGACUGGGAACACAAUCAUAUUUCUUCAAUAAGCAGCCAACUGAGUUAGAUGCAUUGGUAUUUGGACAUCUGUUCACAAUUCUUACUACUCAGCUGACCAGUGAUGAACUCUCUGAAAAAGUGAAAAACUACAGCAACCUCGUGGCCUUUUGCAGGAGAAUAGAGCAACACUAUUUUGAGGAUCAUGAUAAAGACAGCUCUGCAAGUGCUGCAUCCAAAUCCUCAAAGGGUUAUCUACCGAGUUAAAUGCUUCAUUUUGUGGUGGGGAGGCCCAGUUUCUGAAACAAAUUUUGAUUUCAUUGUUUAACAGAUGAUGAUGAUGGCUUUGAAAAUGCAAAAGUGUGUAAUAAAACCUCUUGGAAGCUGCUAAAACAUUCUGGAGCACGGAAAGUUCAAACUGCAUUUUGUGUGUUAUAGAAUUCACUGUAUACAUUUAACAUGAAAUGAUUUUUAAGGUAUUGCCAUUUAAAUGCCAUAUAGGCUAUUAAAUAUUAAACUAAAGUGACCUUGGAACAAUAUUGUAUCUGUAUUAAAAAUAAAAAGAAAUGAAAAACUA